AUGGAUGCUAGUCAAAGUCAGCCGGCUCAUCUUAUUCAUGCCACUGCCGAGCGAAAACUGAGGCUCUCGGAGCUUCCUUGGUUCGGCUGUGAUGAUGGGCUCUCAGAACCAGGCAUAACAGCAGAGUACAUAACUGGAAGUCUUGAAAGCAACUUCAAUGAAAUGCACCAGCAAAUCGAAGACUUGCAGGUAACGAUAAACAAUCUUUUGGAAGAAAACAAGACCCUCAAGGUUCAGAUGAGAACAAAGAUGGAAGAUUCGAUAACAAUGCGACAAAAGAUCUGCAAAAUGAACGUUGAUAUACAAGCACUUCUGAGUGAAAGAAAAUCAAUGGCAGAUGAACUUGAUAUGCUGCGAGCGCAGAGUGCCGUGCGUCCGCUGAGAAUGCUUGAAAAAACACAAAGAGGUAUCAUCGUCAGCAAACUACUUUCUAGAUCACAGACAAUGGACGACAAUUACAACACAGCCGAAGAGAAGGUAUCAAUUGGUUCUAGAGUUGAGAAUACGAUAUCCGAUGUAAAGAGUCCUUUGGACAGCGUCCUGAGUGUCGAUGAGGCUCGAAGGCUUUUUAAUUCCUUCCAGGAUUGGUUUGACGAGCGAGAUCUGGAUUCAACAUCACUGCGCCGUUGCUCAAUUUGCCACAAAAUGAGGUUUGAGCAAGCUAAUCCCGAUAGUUCAAACCCUUUUGUCGAUGAGUUUUCCACAAGUCUGCAACGGCCUAUCACCUGCAGUACUUCUGUCUGCUUGAUCUGCUAUCUUGAAUCUAUUCUCAAGUCUGUACAGAGACUACCUGAAACUUGGUGGGAAAUUUCAGGGUCAACAGUUCUGAUGCCGUGUCCGUGCGGUGCCUGUUCGGGGGAUAUCACUUUCGAAGAUCGUGGGACUUUACAGAAACUACUUGGACUCGUGAAAGUCCAGGAUGCAGACGGAAAACUGAGAAUAUAUGAUACUGCACAGCAUCUUCUGUCAGUACUCGACACCUUUGAUCCGCAGCCAACUUUGGAAGCACGUCAAGUAGCCAAACGACUACAUCAACAACUGACUUCGAAUGGCAUUAUGGAACCACUAUUUGAUCUUAAGAUCUCGGAACUACCAACUCUGGAGAACGGUGUACCACACGACGUGAACUCUAGACUUGUCCAGCUUCUCAAGCUGAACGGUGCUGACGAAGUAUUGCGUAUCCCCAUCUUCACUCAGCUUCUGCGACGAGAACAUUGUCCGCUUGAAUGUUCAAUUUGCACUGAACCUAUCUACGAUCUAAUUGAUGAAGUAUUUGAAAAGUGGGAUACCAUCUGCAGUGAAUACGAUGGGGACUGGAAGUGGAAGGUUCUUCCUUUCCCUCGCAAGCUUGGCCAGAGGUGCUCUCAUACUGUUGACUUCUGCAUGGAUUGCUUAGAGAACUACAUUGAAGCCCAGCUUGAUCAACAUGGGAGAGCGAUAUCAUGCCGAGAUCAGGACAGUACAAUCAAUCAGCUCAUCAGGAUGGCUGUUACUUCAAGUCAAGUAACCAACAACCUACACAGGUCACUGGGGAGCAUAUACCUGCCUUAUGAUGGGUCAGGUGCUUAUUAA